UACAGCACGCAAUGUAUGUCUGGCUGCAUGUGCCCUGCCGGGCUAGUGUCAGAUGGCAAAGGUAACUGCAUUGCGAUGGAAGGGUGUCCAUGUAUUCACAACGAUGCCACCUAUAAUCCAGGAGAGAAGAUCAGCGUUGACUGUAACACAUGCAUAUGUCAGAACAGGAUGUGGAAAUGCACCAAGAACAAGUGCCUAGGGACCUGUGCUGUUUACGGAGACGGGCAUUACAUCACCUUUGAUGACAAGCGAUACAAUUUCAAUGGAAAGUGCGAAUAUACUCUGGUUCAGGAUCACUGUGGACAGAACAGCUCCACCCAGGGGAAAUUCCGAGUUAUCACCGAAAACAUUCCUUGUGGCUCAACGGGAACCACUUGCUCAAAAUCCAUUAAAGUCUUCUUAGAAGUGAGUCUCAUUGCUUGUGCUUUUGGAAAGCUUGCAGUUGUAGAUAGAGGUGGUGGUGGUGAACUACCAUACAGAAUCCGCUCCAUGGGCAUCUAUUUGGUUAUUGAGACCAUCAAUGGGAUGAUCCUCUUAUGGGACAAGAAAACAAGCAUAUUUAUCAAAAUGAGCCCUGAUUUCAAGGGUCAAGUCUGCGGCUUGUGUGGGAACUACGAUGGCAAUGGAAUGAAUGACUUUACGACUCGGAGUCAGUCUGUAGUAGGUGAUGUCCUGGAGUUUGGAAACAGCUGGAAAGUGUCUCCCACGUGUCCUGAUGCCAAAUGCACAAAGGAUCCUUGCACUAAGAACCCCUACAGGAAAUCCUGGUCACAGAAACAGUGCAGUAUCAUCACCAGUAAAGUCUUUGCUGCCUGCCACUCUCAGGUUGAACCAACUAAAUACUAUGAAGCGUGUGUGAUAGAUGCCUGUGCUUGUGAUACUGGGGGAGAUUGCGAAUGUUUCUGCACGGCUGUGGCUGCCUAUGCUCAGGCAUGUAGUGAAUUUGGCGUGUGCAUAUCCUGGAGAACACCCUCAAUUUGCCCUAUGUUCUGUGAUUAUUACAAUGCUGAAAGAGAAUGCGAUUGGCACUACAAACCCUGCGGAGCUCCCUGCAUGAAGACGUGUAGGAACCCCAGUGGCAGAUGCCUUCAUCAAUUACCUGGCCUGGAAGGCUGCUACCCAUACUGUCCAGCAGAUAAGCCCUAUUUCAAUGAGGAGGAGAUGAAAUGUGUCGACCAAUGUGGCUGCUAUGAUGCUGCGGAUAACUAUUAUCCACCAGGAACACACUUUGACUUAAGAGACACAUGUCAGUCAUGUACAUGCACCAGUGAAGGGAUAGAGUGCAACUUCAAUGAUCAAGCAUGCUACUGCCAUUACGAAGGAAGGGAAUAUAUCUACAAGGAAAUCAUUUACAACACCACAGAUGGUCUGGGUUGGUGCAUAACGGCAACCUGUGAUGUUAAUGGAACAAUCCAUCGAGCUGACUACAAAUGCGCAGGACUUACCACCACACUGCCACCAUUUACGUUUACUACCAUUCCAUCUACAAGUGGAGCAGCAGCCACGUCCGUGAAAUCGACACCCGUAUCCAAACCAACGGCUUCGAUAGCAACUGAGGGGACCACACCUCAAGUGUCCACCAGCUCCCUCAUCACAACCAGGACUGUCCCGCCAUCAGGUUCUACCUCACCUGCGAUCAGUGAAGCCACUUCCACUAUUUGCCAGCCUGAAUGUUCCUGGACCAAAUGGUUUGAUGUGUCCCAACCAACAUCUGACCUAGAUAGCGGCGACGAUGAAACCAUCACAAACAUCCGAAAACAUGGGGAAAAGGUCUGCACGAACCCUCAAUACGUAGAGUGCCGGGCAGAAGACUACCCUGAUGUUGACAUUGCUGUACUUGGGCAGACAGUGCAGUGCGACACCAAAGUCGGCCUGCUCUGCAGUAACAACCAACAGAAAGGGAAGUCCGGGAUGUGUUUGAACUACCAGAUGCGAAUGCACUGCUGCGACUAUACACACUGCCGCCCGGGAACUACCCCCGGAACAACGACGACUGCCACCAGCACGAGAACACCAGCAAGCACACCGGGCACCACCCCCGGUCUAACAAGCGCUCCUUCCACCGUCCAAAUCACCACACCAGUCUCAGUUACUUCAGCAGCCGUCUCCACCUCAAAAGCCACAUCUGUACAGUCAACACCUGUAUCCAAACCAACUGCACCGAUUCCAACUGAAGGUAUGAUAUGA